AUGAAAAAUAGUAUUUCGAUAAAAUCAGAAAAUACUUUUUCCCUCUCCUCCCGAAAACAACAUCAUCCCUCAUUUCUUGUAGUUUCCGGUUCUUUUCGUUGGUUUGGAACUUCAACUUCUCGCAAUGAGCGUGCCAUUAUGCUCUCUACUCCCACCCGUCAACAAGAAAAUGGGAAAGACACAACUCUAACAACACCUUCACCUAACAAUAUGUUCAAGGAAAUGAACUUGAAUAAUUUAAAUGGUUUGCAAAAAAAUAAUGGAAUUAACACAAAAAGGCCUUCAAAAAAGGAAAUUAAAGACGCUUAUUGUUGCUGUGGUUCUAUUAAAUUGGAAUGUUUUGUUAUUGGAAUUACUAUUGUUGAAUUGGUAUUUUACGGGUAUCAGGUUGAUUUUUAUGUUUUUUUAAAUAUAAUUUGGUAG